AUGUUUCUCCGCAAGAAGAGCUCGCUGACGUCCAACAUCCUGGGCCGGCCGCCGGCUGACAUCCGCGACAAGUUUCUGAUGGGGAAGGAGCUGGGCAAGGGGCAGUUCGGCGUGACUUACCUGUGCACGGACAAGGUCACGGGCGAGCAGCUCGCGUGCAAGUCGCUCGCCAAGCGACGGAUUGGGUCCAAAGAAGAGGUUGAGGAUAUCAGGGGGGUGCAAUGUGCGCGUCAGAUGAAGGAGAUCGUCAUCGUGCAUCAUCUGGCACCCGCACAUCGUGCAGCUGAGCUGAGGGGCGCCUUCCCCUUUUUCCCCUCCCCUUUGCCUCCAUUCCUCCCUGUUGCUUGCCGUCCCUAUCCCCCCUGUUUCUCUGCCACCUCCCAGGAAGGAGAUCGCCAUCGCCAUCAUGCAUCAUCUGGGCGGCCACCUGCACAUCGUGCAACUCCGAGGAAGGAGAUCGCCAUCAUGCACCACCUGGGCGGCCACCCGCACAUCGUGCAGCUGAGGGGCGCCUUCGAGGACAAGCACAACGUGCACAUCGUCAUGGAGCUCUGCGCGGGCGGCGAACUCUUCGACCGCAUCGCCGCCCGGGGCCACUACAGCGAGCGGGCGGCAUCGGCGUUAUUCAAAACCAUGAUGGGGGUGGAGGAUGCGCCGCUGAAGGUGGCGGAUUUCGGGCUGUCGUCGUUUUACAAGGAGGGGGAGGUGUUUACUGAGACGGUGGGGAGCGCGUUCUAUGUGGCGCCCGAGGUGCUCAAGGGGAAGUAUGACAAGGCGUGUGACGUGUGGAGCUGCGGAGUCAUUCUCUUCAUCCUGCUCAGCGGCACCCCGCCCUUCUGGGGAGACAUGGAGAAGCAGAUCUUCCACCCCAGCCUUUGCAGCGGACCCCUUAUCUCACUCGUUACCCACCCCCAUCCCUCCCGCCUUCUCCCACCAGACACGGAGAAGCAGAUCUUCCACCAGGUCCUCAAGGCCACCCCGGACUUUGCAGCGGAUCCCUUAUCCCCCACACGGAGAAAGAAGCAGAUCUUCCACCAGGUGCUCAAGGCGAGUCCUGACUUUGCAGCGGACCCCCUAUUCCCCUGUAACGACUGCUCUUCCUCUGCCUGCCCCUCCCUCCCCCCACCACCAGACCACGGAGAAGCAGAUCUUCCACCAG